GUUAUUUUCGCCUAAAAAUCGGCCUUGAGUAGUUGUAAUUUUAACUGCAAUUAAAAUGUCCGUAUAAAUGACAAAAAAAAUAUUCAAUUUGUAUCAUUUCAUUGUUAAUACCCAAAAACGAAAAUAUCACACGGACCUACUUCUCAUCCGAAGUCGCGCAAGCACUUUUGUAUAUGUGAUUUGCCUGCGAGUGAAUAGCAGCCAUAUUGGUUUAUCUUAGUAGUCUUUUGACAGAGGAUUUCCCACUUUUUGUCUGUCUUUCAUGUCAAUUUGGGAUAUUUUGCAGCAGUCGUAGCAUGCCCACAUUACUGUUCUACUGGUAUUCGUAGCUAUGGCUGACAGGCGAAAGCUUCAAGGUGAAAUUGACAGAUGCCUUAAGAAAGUUAGUGAAGGUGUUGAAGUUUUUGAAGACAUAUGGAAAAAGGUACAGCAAGCAACUAAUAGCAACCAAAAGGAGAAAUAUGAAACUGAUCUGAAAAGAGAAAUCAAGAAGUUACAGCGAUUGCGUGAUCAGAUCAAAUCAUGGGUUGCCAACAGCGACAUCAAAGACAAGUCCACUCUUUUGGACCACAGGAAACUUAUAGAAACACAAAUGGAAAGGUUCAAAGUAGUGGAGCGAGAAACAAAGACGAAAGCUUACUCGAAGGAGGGUCUUGGGGCAGCUGCAAAGCUAGACCCGCAGACAAAAGAGAAAGGAGAAAUCACAAACUGGUUAUCGCACAUGAUUGAUAAUCUCAAUGUCCAGCUUGAUCAGUUUGAAAGUGAACUGGAGACAUUAACAUGCACAUCCAAGAGAAAGAAAACAGAGCAUGAAAAACUGGAUGAGUUGAAGAACUGGCAAGACCGACACAAAGUCCACAUCCAGAAACUGGAGAUGGUGAUGAGGAUGGUGGAUAAUGAUGCCAUCACACCCGACCAGAUUAAGAAGAUCAAAGAUGAUGUUGAGUAUUAUGUUGAGUCCAACCAAGAACCGGACUUUGAAGAAAAUAUGUUUGUCUAUGAUGACCUAGAUCUGGAGGAAAUAGUCAAUGCUCAUUUGGUAGCCUCUCCCCCUGAAAACGAGGAUGCAGAGAAACUGAUGACAAUGGCAAUGAGCACACCGACAUCAACAAACUCAAGUUCUCCUUCACCUAGUCCAAGUGUUAACCAUUCCACAGGGAGUGCGCAAUCAGAGGUGUGUCUUUUUCAGGACAAAUCUGAAGAAGUUGAGAGGAAGAGGCAUAAAUCACAGCCAGAUGAGAAGCUCAGAAGCAAUCAGUCGUUGACACCAACAAUAACAAUGAGUAACAAACAGACCACGCCUUCAAAACAGACAACUCAAAGCAACCCCCAUUCUCAAAAUUCUGACAGUAGUUCUAGCAAUCACCAUCCUACGACUCCAACCCCUCCUCUCACAGCAUACGCAGCUGCUGCCAGCAGUCAGAACAGUGCACCGGGUACUCCCAUUCCACGGCUCUCCCAUUCCAUCCCUUCUGUGUGGGGGCAGCGAAAUGCCUCUGCUCACAGUAGCUUCCUCCAGGAUGCUAAGCCCACAGGCAACUCUCUAGACCAUGUGGCAGCGGCAAGCAGUGCAACAACAAAUGGUACCCCUAACUCAGUAUCAACCAGUGUCAACUCUGUCUCUGUGUUAAACUCAUCGGGAAAUCCGUCUGUACCAUCAGCGCCAUCACCGUUAAUGAGUGGCGCUGCAGCACCUUCACCCAUAGGUUCCACCAACUCUACAGCAUCAUCAACGACAUUAAUCUUGUCACAGUCACAAAUUAAGAGUGAUGCUCCAUUGACAAUGAAUGGUCCCCUUACGGUUGUUGGACCAUCAUUACAGAGUCCUGAAUUGAUGUCUUCGUUAAAAUCAAUGGCACAGCAAGCAAUUGUUGAAGCAGGUUUAGAGAGUCAGAUACCAACAUCUCAUGUCACAACAGAUAGCAAAGGUGUGUUUCUCAGCUCCACAGUACAAGCCCCUCCCUCACAGCCCAUCGCCCCAUCACCUGAUCAGACCAUACCCAGUCAGCAGUCACAGUCGGUGCCAACAUCCACAGCACAACAGCCAUCGGUCCAACAACAGCAACAGGCACCGCAGACCACUACCAUCCACUUAAAUCCAUUGUUAGGUGUAGCACCUCUUGGACCCAUGCCUCUAAGCAAAGAACAUUACUAUCAGCUCUCUAUGUUAGAAGCUGCUUUUCAUCAUUUGCCUCAUCCUUCAGACUCUGAAAGAUUAAGGCACUACUUGCCAAGGAAUCCAUGUCCUACACCUUCGUACUAUCCCCAAGUUCCCCCUCCCCAUGCUGACUCCGUAGAAUUCUUCCAAAGAUUGUCAACAGAAACCCUAUUCUUUAUCUUUUACUACAUGGAGGGUACUAAGGCUCAAUACCUGGCAGCAAAAGCAUUGAAAAAGCAAUCUUGGAGGUUCCAUACAAAAUACAUGAUGUGGUUCCAAAGACAUGAAGAACCAAAAACUAUUACAGAAGACUAUGAACAGGGCACAUAUAUCUACUUUGAUUAUGAGAAGUGGGGCCAAAGGAAAAAGGAAGGUUUUACUUUCGAAUAUCGGUACCUUGAAGACCGAGACUUGAACUAAUGUUAGUGCGGAGAGAGCAAUGUGAUGUGGAUCUGCCAUUUUGUUACCUCUCGCUUGCCAAGCAUCGAGAAUGGACAGACUAAAAAUGCUGGACAUUGAAGUUACUCUUGAGAGCAAUGGAGGACCAUGUGCACCACAUGACAGUGGCAGUGAACGAGUUGAUCUCAUACCCUCAACACUGGAACAUCCAUUAUACUUAUCCACUGCCUCAUUGGCUGACUGGCUGGCUGGCUGCCUGUCUGACUGUCUGACUGUCUGUUUGCUUGCUGGGUUGGUUUGCUCGUAGUGCCUGAUGGGGUAACAAAGCUUGGUAACUUUGGGGGAAAUACUUCACACCAUUGUCCUGUAUCAUGCUGCUAGGUUCUCUUUUCAUCAUUGACCAAAAUGGAAAGUGCUAUAAUCAAAAUUGUCAUUAUUUUCUUAUUCAUAUGAACUUCUAACCCAACAACAGUGUUAUCUUUGGAACCUGUUACAGAAGAUUGUGUCUAAUAUAUGAAGCUUAUUAAUCUGUCAUAAUGUAAUGAGUUCUUAGAAAGUGCUAUAUUUCAUGUAAGUGCUGCGAGUUAUAUCAGAUCUAACUUCAUAUAUUGGCUCAGUUCUGUAUCAGUACAGGUUGGUGUGCUAUACUAAAAUAGGCUCAGAUAUGUUUUCAUCUGACAUGAUUUAUAGGAAGGAGAAAAGUUCUAACAGGAAACAGUUAGAUGAUUUUUUUUUUGUGCUGUACACUGAGUGUAUGUUUCUUUCCUUAUUGAUUUACUGUUUCAUGUAUGCCAACCGUAGCCACCUUGUAGUGGGCCCUUUCCAGCUCCUCAGCAUGUUGAAUUGUCGACAGUUGUUCAGUAGGAUGUUUUUCACUCAUUCCUAUAUGGCAAUGAAUGUAUGAUUACAUGUGUAGUUAAUGCUGUAUUGGAAGUAGAUAACUUUCGAUCAGCCGUGGGCAGGCAGGCAGGCAGGCAGACAGUUUGACCCAGUUAGCAUAGUCAUUUAGAUACGUUUAGCACAUACUACAAUGAACCGAGUGAGAGCGAAUGAGAAGUUUGUUACACAAAGUAACACUACUGUGCCCUGUCUUGUGUGAAUGAGAGCAGCACCGAUGACACACAGCAUUCUUCAUGGUCUGAUGAGAUAUGGUGCUAUUAUUCAGCACAUCAUUUCUUCACUGUUUUUGUGCAAUGUUAUUGUGGUUACGCCACUACAUUAGAUUCCACUGCUGUCAUCCCUUUUCUGUGUGUGACGGUGACUGAAGCAGCCGAUGAUGUACACGAGUCAUGAUGUCACUUCACCUGUGUCAUACAUUCAUCCCAAGCAUGGCGACUCAAUUAUGCUCAGUUAUGAUUUUGCAGGUAAAACAUACAUUUCUAUGUUGUUUUAUGAAUGUAUCAGACAUGUGGUAUGAGAGUUUUAAUAAUCAAAGGGCAGUUCUGUUACAGAUGUUGCAUGAAGGACUAAGAAAGUUUCACACUUAUCAGUAUUCCCUCAUAUGUAAUAAAUCAGUGAAUCAAAACUAUGUUGUAUAUGGAGCUCACCGUGAAAUUUGUCAUAUGGUGUUAAGGUUAUGUUUUGGUCUAUUUCCUACCUUCACCAAAUCACCAAGCGCCAAAGGUAGUUCAGCCAGAUAAAUUAUUCCUUAUGUUAGUACUGGGAUAAGAGUAUUGUUAAAUCAUUAUGGUGUAACAGCACUAGUGUGGAUGAUGCCUUUUACAUCUGUAGUUGGGUUGCCUCACCCCUAUUGCAGGGUGUCAGUAAAUCGAUACAGCUUGAUAAGAUUACUAAAAAGACAAAAUGCUUUAGAUUGAGAGAGAUCAUUGGUCUUAGCUGCCAAUCUAAGAAUGUUAUGUGCCCUUUGUAAACUGUGAUAUGGAUGUACAUAACACUUGUUCAGAGAGGUAUGUUUGUGUGUGCCAUUAUGCAUAUCACACUAAAGGCAUUUGGGUGGCAGGUUAAUCAUUCACAGGUUGUUUUAAGCAUUUGCCUCGGGACCAGAGCUAAUGUUUUCAGAUCUCAAUCUUCGUGUUAAAAGCUUACUGCCACCUGACUUUGUAUAACAGGGUGCAGUUUCUAGUUAUGUAUAUUUUAAUGACAACAAGAUGAUGAAUCAGGCACUACAUGAUUUCAGUCUUUUCUUACCUUCUGAGACCCAUAUUACUGUAGCUGUAUGUUUCUGUAUCUUAAGUCUACAUAGCAAUGCAAAAACAAAAUUAGCAUACUUGUCAAUUUUUCUUCUGUGUAAUGUCACUUGCUGUGUAGAGUAAUGAGGUCGCUGUUUUGAAAGUUUGAAAUGUGCAUUCGAAUAUCAGACUUGUCAGCUGCACACAAACAAGUUAGGAAGCACCCCAAAUAUUUUUGCUUGAAUCCUUUCAGUUGUAGGUCACAUAACUUACAAGAUUUAAUGCAAUUAUUACUGUGCCUAUUUCUGACAAAUCUUGAGAUUGUCUUGUCACAGCCCUUUACUUGUAUUCCCUGUAUAAUGUCUGUGAUAAACAAAACAUAUCAUCAGGAUGUGAGAAGCCUUGGUGAUUGAGGUGGAGAGGUCUAGCUAGACACCAGAUUGUAUUUCAUCACUGCCAUGAUGUGAUGUAUUUGCUCAGGUUCUCUAAGCUUCUCUGUCAGAUAGGCUCCAAGAAUAGCCCAUUUGUUUUGUCCUCAUUAGUAUGUAUUAUGUUUAUUAUUUCACAGCAUUUGGCUUUACCUGUUGUAUCCUUCUAAUAUGUCAUUAACUGUUUCAUGAAUAACUAUCAACAAGAAAGAUCUGUUUUCUUUUGAUGUGGCAUAUUAUUAUUGGUGUUGGAACAUUUGGAGAUGAAAUACCUGUUCAUUCAUUUAUCAGAAAUUUGAGGGGGGCCCUAAGAUGGGACGAAAAGGGAUUCCAGUGUUUAUCGUUUUAUAAUUAUGAUUGUCAUUUUCCAAGAAAUCUUAGCUCAAAAAUAGUAAGUUACACUUGUCCAGUUCAAUGACAGACAGUGAACAGGUGUCAGUUGGUGUGAAAAUGUAAACCCAUAUACAUUAUUUGUGUAAUGUAGACAGUUUUUCACAGGAAGCCUAUUAUCCAUACUAGUUGCCUUACUGCAUAUUUGAUGAUUUCGUUAAUUCUGUUGGUGUAUCCAUCAUGACCCAUCUCAUUCAGAGUCCACAUGGGAAGAGUGUGUUGCCAGACUGACUGUGUCAUUUGGAGAGCCUGUGAGUGCGAGUGAGAGUGUGACUGUGUGACUGUGCGAGUCCUCGUUCAAUGCAACAAUGCCAGCUGCCAGCCAGUUGGUUCUCCACUCUCAGCAUCAACGAUGUGCAAGUCUAGGACAGAACAAGCUGUUGGUUUUUUAGUCUGAGGCUGUGUACACAUGUCCUUAUUUUUGUACAGCAUGUACAGCGACGCCUCGCAUGACGGCCCUUGUGCUCCUUGCUCCAGUGUUUCCACACUGGUGAGGGGGUUGUAAAUAUAAAUAUAAGGGGGCAACAUGCAUACUUGGGUGGUCAACACAUGCAGAAAAUAAAAAAAAGUGAUUUUGUCUGUGCA